ACGUCAGAGAAGGCGGAGCUUGGGGACGAGCUGGGUAGUGAAGAGGAUCUCCUAUAUGAAGAGUUUCGCAGUUCUGGACAUCGCUUUGGUCACCCUGGAGGAGGCGGCGGUGAGCAACUGGCCAUCAAUGAGCUGAUCAGUGAUGGCAGCGUGGUGUAUGCUGAGGCCCUGUGGGACCAUGUCACUAUGGAUGACCAGGAGCUUGGCUUCAAGGCCGGUGAUGUCAUUGAAGUAGUGGACGCCACUAACAAGGAGUGGUGGUGGGGUCGCAUCAUGGACAGCGAGGGCUGGUUCCCUGCCAGCUUUGUACGGUUGCGUGUGAACCAGGAUGAGCCCAUGGAGGAGUAUUUGGCCCACCUGGAGGAAGCUCAGGCUGGAGAGGAGAACCAUGCAGGCCUGGGCUUGUUGCUGGGACCUGGUUUACCCUGUAAAGAACAGAUGAGGACCAAUGUCAUAAAUGAGAUCAUGAGCACAGAAAGAGACUACAUCAAGCACCUUAAAGACAUCUGUGAGGGUUACAUCAAACAGUGCCGCAAGCGGACAGACAUGUUCACUGAAGAGCAGCUUCGAACCAUCUUUGGCAAUAUUGAAGAGAUCUACCGUUUCCAGAGGAAGUUCAUCAAAGGCCUGGAAAAGAAAUUUAACAAGGAGCAGGCACACCUCAGUGAGAUAGGUUGCUGCUUCCUUGAACAUCAAACAGAUUUCCAGAUUUAUUCAGAGUACUGCAACAACCACCCCAAUGCCUGCAUCCAGCUCUCUAAGCUCAUGAAGGUCAACAAGUAUGUGUUCUUCUUUGAGGCCUGCCGACUCCUUCAGAAGAUGAUCGACAUCUCCUUGGAUGGCUUUCUGCUCACUCCAGUUCAGAAGAUCUGCAAGUACCCACUGCAGCUGGCUGAGCUGCUCAAAUACACCAAUCCACAGCACAGAGACUACAAAGAUGUGGAGGCGGCCUUAAACGCCAUGAAGAAUGUGGCCAGGCUGAUCAAUGAGAGGAAACGGCGUCUUGAGAACAUCGACAAGAUCGCCCAGUGGCAGAGCUCCAUAGAGGACUGGGAGGGAGAAGACGUCCUCAGCAGGAGCUCUGAUCUUGUGUUUUCGGGGGAGUUAAGCAAGCUGUCCCAGCCUCAGGCCAAGAGUCAACAGAGAAUGUUUUUUCUCUUCGAUCAUCAGAUGGUAUACUGCAAAAAGGACCUCCUGCGGCGGGACAUGUUGUACUACAAGGGUCGGAUGGACAUGGACCACAUGGAGGUGAUAGAUGUGGAGGAUGGCAAAGAGAAGGACUUCAACACCAGUGUGAGGAAUGCCCUGAAGCUGCGGUCACUGGUUAGUGAUGAAAUCCACCUACUGUGUGCCAAGAAGCCAGAGCAGAAGCAGCGCUGGCUGCGAGCCUUUGCUGACGAGAGGAUUCAUGUCCAGCAUGACCGUGAGACAGGAUUCUCUCUCACAGAGGUACAGAAGAAACAGGCCAUGAUAAAUGCCUGCAAAAGGCAUCCAGCUGGGAAACCCAAAGCAGUCACCAGACCCUACUACGACUUCCUUCUGCGACAGAAACACCCCUCUCUCCCCACUGCUUUGCCCCAGCAGCAGGUCUUCAUGCUGGCUGAGCCCAAGCGCAAAACUUCCACCUUCUGGCACAACAUCGGACGAUUGACACCCUUCAAGAAGUAAAAAAAAUAAAUCAGAAAGGAAACGAAAAGCUGUGGAAAGAAGAAAUGAAGGACAAAGAGAGGCGCUCUCUGCUUGUGCCUGAAUAGACCCCUUUUUAAAUGAUCUCUUUUCUGUCUUUGUUUUCCUAACAUGGCCCUAAUUGACAAACUGAGUUAUCAUAUAGAUGAGGAUGAUUAUGAUGAUAAGGAGAUUCUUUUUUGAAAGCACUUUAUAGGCUGGUUAACAAUCAGACUUGAGAAUGGUCUCCUGGAGACAUUGAAUCAACCAGGGAGAAUGGAUUGCUUAACUAACUACUACUACUACUACUACUACUACUACUAUUACUACUACUACCAUUACUACUACAACACCUUCAGUCAACUACUACUGUACUGCUGUGAGAAGGGACUUCUGACUGUGCGGCCUCUGUGAAGACAUUGGCUGUCAACAAAGUUGUGUCAUUUAUUUCCUCAUCUCUUGUAUUGUUUUAUUACUUCAGUUGCCAAGUGUUCACAGUGCCGGAUUAUUUGUUUUAUAUUUGUUUGGUAUGUGUGUUUAUGAAAAAAAAUGUCAAAAAGUUGAGAUGGGGAACUCAUACUUCUGUGCAAAUACAUGAUUUCAGGAUCUGUUCAGUUAAGUUUUUAUCUGCCAGGGCUUACUUAAUUCUUAGUCCUCUGGUGCAUUUAUGGUAUUGUGCCCCCCCCGCCCCCAAGGAAAAAACUACAAAAAAACAAGUCAUUAAUAGGAACUUAACAUUAAAACAAACACUAGCAACACAUAUUUCUUGAGUACCAUUUCAAUGAACAUUAACAAUCUGUUAAUGGAUGACUUAAAAUGACAUGCAUGGAUGUGAUGAAAAUACUGUGAAGAAUAUUUUUUUAUCUGUGCAGAGACCCUGCUAUAUUUAAGUAGAUCACGAAAUGAGAUGUCAUUGUGCUAGUAUGCUAACAUCACACACACACACACACACACACGCACACACACACUGAUAUGCUUUUAUCUACCUUUUCUUCUGACAACCAGUGUUCCUGAUUAGUGUAUCUGACCUUCAGUAUAAAUGCAGCCCAAUGAUUUCACUCUGUAAGUGCAUUCAGUGAAAUAUGCUCCUUUUCCCUUUAUGUUCAAAUGUUCUUCUGACAAUAGGGAAUAUUAAACAUUCCUAUGCUGUCAGUUGUGACUGUCAGGCGGGGUGGUUAUUAAUUUAUUUCACAGUGAAGUAUAGCACUAUUCAGCAGACAUCAUGGAGAAGUGAAGGUGCACUGUGAUGCUGUUCUGUUAUUAGUUCAGCUGCUGGUAUUAAGUGAGGUUUUAGGGACCAUACCAUUGUUUUUGAAACUCUAGCC